AUGUUAUUUUGCAGCGAGUCGACAAUAUUCCAUGACCUCCUGCUCUUCUUCUCGGCUGUUCAUAAGAUCAACCAGAAUCCUAGACUCCUACCCAACAUCACCUUGGGCUACAACAUCUAUGAUAACUUUCUCAAUGCAAGAGUAACAUAUGAGGUCAUGAUGGACUUGCUGUCUACAGGGCAGGAGCAUGUCCCAAAUUACAGAUGUGGAAGACAAAAGAAUCUCCUGGCAGUUUUUGAAGAGACAGAUUCUGAACUCUUUGAUCAUAUUUCUACUGUCUUGGGCAUCUACAAAAUUCCACAGCUUCAUCAGUUCAUGAGAAACUUUCAGCUUCAUAACAUUUUAAAUGAUAGCAUUUAUUUGGAUGAAAAUGGAGUUCCUGCAGUUGAUUUUGAUAUCAUACACUUGAGAAUGUUUCCCCAAAAAUCUUACCCUGCAGUGAAGGUUGGGAGUGUAGAAAGAGAAACUGCUUCUGAAGUCAAGGUCUCCAUCAACCAGAGUGCCAUCCAAUGGCCAACAUCAUUUAACAAGUGUCCAGAUAACCAGUAUUCCAAUGAGAAGCGGAAUAAGUGUAUCCCCAAAAGUAUAAGCUUCUUGUCCUAUGAAGAAACAUUGGGAUUCAUUCUGGCUUCCUUUACCCUUGCUUUCUCCUUAAUCAAUGCCUUUGUUUUGGGAAUCUUCACUAAAUACAGAGAAACUCCCAUAGUCAAAGCCAACAACAGGGACCUGACCUACAUUCUUCUGAUUGCUCUUCUCCUUUCCUUCUUGACCUCCCUUCUAUUCAUUGGACGCCCCAAGAAAGUGACCUGCCUUCUUCGACAAAGCAUCUUCAGUGUUGUUUUCUCAGUUGCUGUGUCUUCACUGCUGGCAAAGACUAUCAUGGUGGUGGUGGCAUUUCUGGCCACAAAGCCAGGCAGCAGGAUGAGGAAAUGGUUGGGAAAGACUCUGGCCAACUCUAUUGUUGUAUCCUGCUCUGGGAUUCAGGUGGGCAUCUGCAUGAUAUGGCUUGGAAUCUCUCCCCCAUUCCCAGACUCUGACAUGCAUUCUCAACCAGGGUAUAUCCUGCUGCAAUGUAACGAAGGGUCAAUCAUCAUGUUCUAUAUUGCACUGGGUUACAUGGGCCUCCUGGCUGCAAUUUGCUUCUUGGUGGCUUUCCUAGCACGCAAGCUGCCAGGGACCUUCAAUGAAGCCAAGUUGAUCACCUUCAGCAUGUUGGUUUUCUGUAGUGUUUGGAUUUCCUUUGUCCCAACCUACCUGAGCACCAAAGGAAAAUACAUGAUGGCUGUGCAGAUCUUCUCCAUUCUGGCCUCCAGUCUGGGCUUAAUGGGCUGCAUCUUUGUUCCCAAAUGCUACAUCAUUAUCCUAAGACCUGACAUGAAUACCAAGGAGCACCUAACAGUGAAUUCUAAAAAGGGAACAUAA